AGAUAAUCCCCGAGCCCAGGCUGCAGAACAACGAUCAUGACAAGUACCAUGGUAGGAAAGAUACAAUUUAUCACUCUCGUUUGAGGCGUAUAGGUGAACUCUCAGGCUCCUUCCUUCGAGUGUGAGGCCUUGAGGGGCUGACUGCGAGUGAGGAGUAUUACCUAGUAUUAAAAAAUAAGUCCGCUCCUCACACUCGAAGCAGUGGUGGGAAGGAGCUCGGUGAAUUCUAUGAACAGAAGGAGAGCAUAUAUAUAACAAGGAUGGAUUUCGCUGCAUUCAUACCACACGAUCCCCCGAACGUGCAGCCAAAUAGGUCAACAUGGAGACUGAGCUUUCCACACUGUUCAACGAUAUACGCAUUCUUCAGAUGGGGAGGAUGUUUCAAUUAUCAGCAACAAUCGUUGUCUUGUACGAUCAUGUACUAUGUUCUCAAAGAGAGGUGGAUUUGAUCUGGAGGAGAUCGAAAUCUCUUGUGUCGUUCCUUUAUUUUAUUAACCGCUACGUCGGGGAUGCUAUCUCCAUCAUCAACGCAAUAUUAUAUAUAAGCUCGACAUUCUCAGCUAAUACGUAAGUGCACACAAACCAGCUUGUGUAUCUGGUGCUACGCUGUUUACAUUGCUUGCUAUUUAAAAACUCUUUGGAUUAGCUGUCGUAUUUUGUUUCAUUUCC